CAACCACUUAAUCUAUUCCAUCUCCAUCCCCGGCCCUGUCCACCAAUCACACCCCCUGCAGUCAAACCAAUAGUCUGCAGUUAGUCUGCCACCAGACCACGACGAGUUGGCGACAAGCCGAGGAUCCCCUGAAUCCCGGCCGUCCCUUGCAGGACGCGGUUCGCUCGCGCUUCUUGCCCAGCCUUUAAAUCCAACCAACCACGCGCGGACUGCUUCUUCUGCCCAUCUCCCAUCCUGCGAUUUCCUUCCCACGUGGCAGCGAUCUGCAGUGUACGAUCCGCGAUGCCUUCGAUAGCGUCUUGGCUCCUCACCACCGGCCUGGCCGCUCUGACCAGCGCCUCCGGCCUCAAUGACAGUCUGGUGGCCCAGCAGAUCGACACCCGUCCCUUCCCGUAUGACUUCCCCAAGCUGGGCGUCAAUGGGGCGGACCUCUUCCCCAUGCGGGACUGCCGUGGCUUCCAGCUGGAGGAGGCCACCAUCGACGAGAUCCAGGCCGAGCUGAAGGCGGGCCGUCUGACCGGGGUCCAGCUGCUGCAGUGCUACCUCGAGCGCAUCUACCAGGUGCAGCCGUAUACCAAUGCGGUGAUGCAACUUAACCCCGACGCCAUGGCCAUCGCUGAGGCCCUGGACGAGGAGCGCCAGCAGGGCACCGUGCGGGGUCCGCUGCACGGCAUUCCGUUCUUGGUCAAGGACAACAUUGCCAGUAAGGACAAGAUGGAGACGACGGCGGGCAGCUGGGCCCUUGUGGGCUCUGUGGUCCCUCGGGACUCCCACGUUGUGCACCGCCUGCGUGAGGCGGGUGCGGUGCUCCUGGGCAAGGCAACGCUCAGUGAGUGGGCGGACAUGCGAUCCAACGACUACUCGGAGGGCUAUUCGGGCCGUGGUGGCCAGUGCCGGAACCCUUACAACUUCACCGUCAACCCUGGUGGCAGUAGUUCCGGCUCCGGUGUGGCAGUUACGAGCAACCAGGUGCCCUUUGCUCUGGGAACCGAGACUGACGGCAGUGUGAUCAACCCGGCCGAGCGCUGCAACAUUGUCGGCAUCAAGCCCACCGUUGGCUUGACCUCCCGCGCGGGUGUCAUCCCCGAGUCUCUGCACCAGGACACGGUCGGCACCUUUGGCAAGACGGUCCGGGAUGCCGCAUACGCACUCGAUGCCAUCUACGGUAUUGACCCUCGCGACAAUGAGACCUAUUCCCAGCAGGGCAAGACCCCGGCCGGUGGAUAUGCUCAGUUCCUCACGGACAAGUCGGCCCUGAAGGGUGCGGUCUUUGGUCUGCCCUGGUUGUCUUUCUGGCAGUACAACGAUGCGGCCCAGAACGCUCAGCUGACCGAGCUGCUGGAGCUGAUUGAGGCGGCCGGCGCCACGAUCAUCAACGGCACGGAGCUGCCGUACUACCAGGACAUUGUCGACCCGGAGGGCUGGAAUUGGGACUAUGGCACGGAGCGUGGCUACCCCAACCAGUCCGAGUACUCGUACAUCAAGGUGGACUUCUACAACAACAUCCGGGACUACCUGGCGGAGCUGAACAACACCAACAUGCGGUCGCUGGAGGAUAUUGUGCAGUACAACAUCGACAACGCGGGUAGCGAGGGUGGUGUUCCCGGCGUCAACCCGGCCUUUGCAUCGGGCCAGGACGGCUUCCUGGCGUCGCUGGCCACCAAGGGCGAGAUGAACGAGACGUACUGGCAGGCGCUGGAGUACUGCCGGCGCACCACGCGGGAGGAGGGCAUUGACGCGGCGCUGCGCUACCAGGGCCGCAACCUGACGGCGCUGCUGGCCCCGCCGGACUUUGCUCCGUCGGUCGAGAUUGCCGCCCAGGCCGGGUAUCCGGUGGUGACGCUUCCAGCCGGCAUCAACAAGGGAUCGAAGAUGCCGUACGGACUGGCUCUGAUGGGCACCGCCUACUCGGAGGCGACGCUGAUCAAGUAUGCGAGUGCGAUCGAGGACCUGCAGCUGUCGUCCAACACGACGUGGAAGCGCAGCCUGGCGACCUGGAGCGGUUAUCUGGAGCGGAACAUCCCGGUGAACUGAGCGCCUCGUGUGAUUCGUCAUUUGAGCGAGGGAAUGAUGUCAUGUGUGUCCGUACUACUUUACUUUGACUUUGAUCAGAAUAUACCUCAUUGUCGG